AUGGAGGUGACGCAGGUGGUGGGGGUGAGGACAAGGGCGCGGACGCUGGCCCUCGCGGCUGCGGGGGCGGCGGAGGGGAGCGGGAGCUCGAAGAGGAGGAAGGCGGUGGUGCGUUCGGGGGAGAUCCAGAUCUCGUAUCUCCGGCUCCGGAACCGGAGCCUUGUCAUGAAGCCUCGGAUCACAAGAUCCACGAUGAAUUCCGGCGGCCGGCGGUGCCCCAACCCCGACCUCAGCCGGAUCUCCCGCUGCUCCAGCAACGCCUCAUGCGAGACCGCCCCGGAGGAGCGCUUCUCGCGGUCUGCCGACCCGGAGGUCGGCGAGGUUCUGGACACCGCCGCGCGUCACUCCAACUGCAGCAGUGAGAGGAGGCGGACGACGCCGUCGAGUAGCGGAGUAGACGAAUGGAGCGAUCUGGAAUCGACGGUGGAGGGGAAGUCGACGAGGCGACCGAGGGCGGAGAUGAUGCCGUUGGAGGCGGAGAUCGAGGAGUUUUUCGCGACGGCGGAGAGAGACGAGCGGCAGCGGUUCGCGGCCAAGUAUAACUACGACGUCGUCAUCGACGUGCCGCUGGAGGGUCGGUACGAGUGGCUCCCAUUAAUCCCAUGA